UCCAGCUGCCCGAGCUCUCCGCACGCUACCAACCGAGUCUUGGAGAGAGGGGCUCUGCUCUUAGUUGGGAGAACGAUGUUUGCGACGUUGCAACGCACGGUACGACCAAGCUUGUCAUCGGCGGCGGCGGCAGCGGGAUGGCGGCAGCCAGCAAAGCGGUCGAUGGGGACAAUCGAGGUGGCCGUAAGGGAGGCCAUCAACCAGGGGCUUGACGAGGAAAUGGGCCGGGACGAGAGGGUGUUUCUCAUGGGAGAGGAGGUUGCACAGUACCAAGGGGCGUACAAGGUCACCAAGGGGCUUUACCAGAAGUACGGGGAGCAGAGGGUGAUCGACACCCCCAUCACGGAGAUGGGAUUCACGGGGCUCGCCACGGGGGCGGCCUACAAGGAUCUCCGUCCGGUGGUGGAGUUCAUGACGUUCAACUUUUCCCUCCAGGCCAUCGACCAGAUCCUCAACUCCGCGGCAAAGCAGCUGUACAUGUCUGCGGGGGACUGCCCGGUGCCCGUCGUGUUCCGUGGGCCUAACGGGGCUGCUUCCGGCGUAGGCGCGCAGCACUCCCAGUGUUUCGCGGCGUGGUACUCGUCCGUCCCAGCACUGAAGGUGGUCUCCCCGUGGUCCAGCGAGGACGCCAAGGGUCUCAUCAAGUCCGCGAUUCGGGACCCCAACCCGGUGGUGUUCCUGGAGAACGAGUUGCUUUACGGGGUGGCGUUCCCCAUGACGGACGAGGCCCAGGGGGAGGACUUCGUGAUUCCCAUCGGGAAGGCGAAAGUCGAGCAGGAGGGUACGGACGUGUCGAUCGUGACUUUCUCGAAGAUGGUGGGCACCUCGCUCGAGGCCGCGGAAAUGCUCGCGGCGCAGGGCAUUAGCGCCGAGGUAAUCAACCUCCGCACGUUGCGCCCGCUGGACUACGGCACGGUGAUCAAGUCGGUCCAGAAGACGAACAGGCUCGUGACGGUGGAGGAGGGCUGGCCGCAGAACGGCAUCGGGGCCGACAUCUCGGCCGUUGUUUGCGAGGAGGCGUUUGACCACCUCGACGCACCCAUCGAGCGGGUGACGGGCGCGGACGUGCCCAUGCCGUAUGCGCUCAACCUCGAGCGGAUGGCCUUGCCGUCGAAGGAAGACAUCGUCUCCGCCGUCCUCCGGACAACGUAUCGCAGCAAAUAAAACCAACAAGUAACCGUUUUGGUAAACUAGGAUAGCCCGGCUGAAGUGGAGACGAGCUGCAGUGUAAGGUAGCGAAGCAGGCCUUUGUGUGACCAUGCGCAGCACAUACGAUUGGCUUGGGUUCGUUGCGCUUAUCAGAAUCAGAGAGGGGCGUUAGUUGUCCGAUCUGGGAGCAUGGUUGAGACUGGUCGGCUCGUUCUGCGGCGGGGUCUAUCGAUAGUACCAAUGCGUCGAGCUGUAUAUUCCUUUUUUUCCUAACAAUUUUGAAAGCUGACGACGAGUUGGUGCGCCGCAACAAACGCCGCAACAAGCAAACAAACUGC